UAAAGACAUGAGGUAAAAUCACGGUUUAUGGGUAAUAAGCAAACUCAAAUUAAUUUUCUAUUUGUACAAUCACGAUUAUUUUAUCCAAAUUAAUUCAAAACUUUAAAUAAAAUUAUGUCUCGUCCUGAACAUUUAGCUCCACCGGAAAUUGUAAGUACUCAAUUAUCAGCUUUAUCGAAGAAUGUCUAGCAAGAAAAGACUUAAUAAAAAAUAAAAUGUUCUUCAUUUGUCGUAUAAUAACAUUUUUGUGAUUACUUUUUUUUUUUUAUGUAUAAUAUAGUUUUAUAAUGAUACUGAAGCCCGGAAGUACACCCAAAAGUAUGUAUUGUCUAUAAUACUCAGUUUGUUAAUUCUACAAAAAAAAAAUUGUCUACAAUAGAAUGUCACUAUUAUUUAAUAUUUUAGUUCUCGAAUGAUCAACAUUCAGUUAGAAAUGGCUGAAAGAUGUUUGGAAUUGUUGAUGUUGCCAGAAAAUGAAACAUGUUUACUAUUGGAUUUAGGUUGUGGUUCUGGUCUAAGUGGCAGUGUUGCUGAAGAAUCUGGCCACAUAUGGUUUGGAAUGGAUAUUUCAGAAUCAAUGUUGAGUAUGUAAUUUAGUCAGUUUUUUUUUUAACAGUUAUAUAAUUAGUUAUCUUUAAAAUAUAGGUAUGUAUGUAAUGGGGUAAAAUAUUUUUAUAACUAUAGAUAUAGUCAUUAGUACAAUUUUUACGUUUUGUUAUAAAAAGAGCUAUAUUGGUCAAUCUAAGUAUAACAAUGAUAUUACAAUAAGAAUCCAAAAUUGAAACAUUCUCUAUGAUGUAAUUAUAAUUUUGUUUUAAAUAUUUAAAUGUUAAAAUAUAUUGGAUAUUAUUUAUAAUUAAAGAAUUUAUAUAGUUUUUUUACCAACAUUAAAAAAUUAUCUCAAAUUUAAACUUUAAAAAUGACUAUUAUUUAUAUAAAUGACUUCUAUUAUCACAAAUAUUUAAUAUUGCACAUUGAAAAAGACCCAGCCCUUAUAAAUAAAAUAAUUUAUUUAUAUACUAGUCAGAAUAACACAUUAGUCCAAUAUUUAAUUUAGUCUUGAUAAAUAAAUAAUUUAAUUCUAAUAACAUAUACAUAUUUGCCUGGUUUUAUGUAUGACGAAAAUAAUAAUUAAUUGAUUUUAAAAUCCUCAAAAUAGAUAAAUGUUUGAUAAUGAAUUUAUUUAUUUUCAUUAGCAAUAGCCAAAGAAAGAGAGGUUGAAGGUGAUUUGUUAUUGAGUGAUAUUGGUAAUGGUGUUCCAUUUCAACCUGGUGCUUUUGAUGGUGCCUAUAGUGUUAGCACAUUACAGUGGUUAUGUAAUGCAGAUAAAUCAUCACAUAAACCUGCAAAAAGAUUAUACUGUUUAUUUUCAUCACUGUUAGCUUGUUUGGUAAUUAAUACAUUAGUGUAUACGUAAAAUAUAAAAUGAAAGUACUUAUUUGAAUUUGAAUUUUUUUAGACACGAAAUGCGAGAGCAGUAUUUCAAUUUUAUCCAGAAAAUGUACAUCAAACUGAUUUGGUUGUAACACAAGCGAGAAAAGCUGGAUUUUUUGGAGGGUUACUGGUCGAUUUUCCAGACAGCACUAAAGCAAAAAAAUAUUUUCUAGUUUUGAUGACUGGUGGUGCUAUGCCUAUGCCUACAGCACUGGGUACAGAUAACUCGCAAAUAAACUAUACAUCAAAAAGGUAAUAUUAUGUUAAAUAAAAGAGUAACAUAUAUUAUAUUUUAUUAUUUCAAACAGAGAAAGAAUGAUAAAAGGACAUUCAUCAAAACUUGUAAAAAAAAGUAAGGAAUGGAUUUUAGAAAAGAAAGAAAGAAGAAGGCGUCAAGGGAAAACCACUCGGGAGGAUACCAAAUAUACAGGACGAUCAAGAAGUGGACGGUUUUGAUUUGAAUUAUUAUUAACAAUUAUAUUUAUUGAAGAAAUUGUACUGCUUUUUUUAUUUUGUAAUAAUAUAUUUUAUCACUACCUGUAUAGUUUAUAAAUUACAUAUUAAGCAAUUUCAGUUUUUUAAUAUUCCUCAAGAGUUGUGAUCUACCUCAAAGUGGGUUUAUUUUUUAAUUUUUUAUGGGGAGC